CCUUUCCUGAGGCCAUCAGGUUUUUAAUGAGGGCAAAGCAGCUUAGAAUUACAGUACUCUUUAUCCAAGCACUGACUGAGCAUGUCGUAGCACAACAUAGAGACACAGUUCAGUAGCUAGGAAGUCAUUUCGUUUGUUCUAAAAAGUACAUGGCAUUACUAAAAGACGCGACUGCAAGGUAACAUUUUUCCCCAUCGACUUUUAUUUAUUUUUUGGUGGCUAUCGUUCCUGACGUUAGGACAACGUGAUUUUGCUUUUGACGCCAAAGCAAUGACGGUAGGGCAUGAUGCAAGACGUCAUCGCUCUCAGGUGCUUGAUGGAGAGCUCCCAUUUCUAACUGUAAACAGUCAAGAGACCAUAGAAUAGGUCCAACAUGUUUAAUCUGAUUAAAAAAGACAAAGAGAAGGAGAAGGACGUUAACAAGAAGGAAAAGAAAGACAAGAAAGAGCGGAUGUCCCAGGCGGAAUUAAAGAGUCUGGAGGAGAUGAGCAUCCGCAGAGGCUUCUUCCAUCUCAAUCGAGGCAGCUCCAAGAAGGACUCAAGGAGCAAGUUGGAGAUCUCCGGUCCUAUUCCUAUCAAGGUAGCUAGCAACCUGGAUCUCAGCUUGUCGGACUUGGAUGCUGAGCACACUACAUCAGGGACGGAUGUGGGAUCAGUUGAGGAUACCAAGAGAAUCGACCAGGACCAAAUACGCAGCUCUGUCAAGGAGAGAGCGGCUAAGUUUGGAGAAUUAGUCAAGUCGAAUUCAGCAGUAGUACCGAGGUAUCCGUCUACCUCCUACAAGAACAAUGCAUAUGAUGUUCCAAAAGUUUCCAAUCAGAAAUCGAGGCCGUAUUUUCGCCAAGGAAGCAAAAUUCGGAUUCACGUACCUGAACUAGUAGAAAAAACAUUCCCGGGUGUGGACUUACAGUUACCCGAACUCGUGGCUCCCCCUGUGCCAGAUCCCCGCGAACUGAAGUUGAAGAGACGCAACACGGGCGAUUUUGGCUUUUCUUUGAGGAGGACCACCAUGCUGGACAGGCAGCCCGAUGGAGACGUGUACCGCAGAGUUGUGCACUUUGCAGAACCAGGCGCCGCUAGCAAGGACUGCGCUCUGGGCCUGGUGCCGGGAGACAGACUGGUGGAGAUCAACGGAAUCAAGGUUGACAACAAGAGCAGAGAUGAGAUCGUGGAGAUGAUCCGUCAGUCUGGAGAGUCGGUCUUGUUGAAGGUGCAGCCCAUUUUGGAGUUGAGCGAAUUGAACCGGAGCUGGCUGAGGACAUCGCGAGGCCCCUACAAGGAGAGCUUCAGUGUUAAAGUUGAGAACAAGCCAGAUCCUGAUGUUGACGCCAGUCCGCUAAAGGCAGUCACUAAACCUGGAACAGACACGGCUUGCGCAUCAUCAGCAGAAGACACAGAUUGUAACGCCGCAAUGGGUGGUCCAGAUGAGGGACAGAAGUCCGGCGGUAAGAAAGUGGUGAAGGUUGUGAGAAGAGUCGUUCGGCGCGUUCUCCCCGCGGCCACGGAAGAGCAGAAUCGGCUGGCUGUGUCUGAAGCGGCCAAAGCUACAGCCAAGUCCUCUGGAGAGGACAAGGAUGACAUCUCCGCGGGCCUCGCUAGCCUCAUGGGCAGAGGCAGAACCAAGGAACACCGGCCUCGCACCCGCAACCAGGACCGCAAAGAAGACGUGAAAAAGGAGGACGAUACAGAAAAGGGAGGAGAAGAGGAGGGGUGUGCAGAAACAACCCAGGAUUCGACUUCCUUAAUUGCGUCCGAGAGCACAUCGGCACAUACCCUAGCACCUGAUUGUACGCCACUCGCCGUACCCCCGCUUAAACCCGACCCUUUGGCACCACCCGUUGGCUUCAUUCCCGCCCCCAAGCAGAAUCUGUAUACUCCUCCGACUGGUUUUGUCCCAGCCAGUAAACCCAGUGCGACUCCCUUAAAACACAAUCCCCUGCAAAGACCUGCAGGUUUCAUACCUGCCCCAAAACUGGAUCCUCUAGCCCCUCCUGCUGGCUUCAUCCCCAAACCUCGCCUAGUAGCAGUGAAGAAAGCAGAGGCUCAUUCUACAUCAGGUGAACAGGUCCGAGAGAUCAUUCCCACUGAGGAAGAUUUCAUGCGUGUGAAAAGGAUCUUCACCAUCCCUAACAAUGAUCGUGCUCGAGGCCACAAAUCCUUUCAGCCCAAGCCUUCUGAGGACCCAGUGGCCAUUCUUCAAGCUUCGCACUUAGCAGCAAAGACAAAGAAUGAAGAAAAUGUUGCAUCAGAGAGAGCCUGGUACCACACGGAAAAAGUCUGGCUUGUACACAAAGACGGCUUUUCUUUGGCAACUCUCCUGAAGACAGAAGCGGGCAUUCUGCCUGAGGGGAAAGUCAAAAUACGCCUGGACAGCGAUGGAUCUUUAUUAGAUGUCGACGAAGAUGACGUCGAGAAGGCAAACCCACCGUUUUUGGAGCGAGUGGAGGACCUGGCGUCCCUUCAGUACUUGAACGAGUCCAGUGUGAUGCACUCCCUACGGCAGCGCUAUGGCAGCAACCUGGUGCACACCCAUGCUGGGCCCAACAUGGUUAUCAUUAACCCCAUUAGUGCUCCUUCCAUGUACUCCGAGAAGGUGAUGCAAAUGUUUAAAGGCUGUCGAAGAGAAGACGCAGCCCCUCAUAUUUACAGCAUGGCCCAGUCUGCCUAUAGGAAGCUCUUGACCACUCGCCAGGAUCAGUCCAUCGUCUUACUGGGCAAAAGCGGCAGCGGCAAGACUACAAACUGUCAACACAUCAUUCAGUACCUGGUCACUAUUGCGGGCAGCACCAACAAAACUUUCUCCAUGGAGAAAUGGCAGGCGGUGUACACCGUUUUGGAAGCAUUUGGCAAUGCGUCUAGUUGUAUGAACGGGAAUGCCAGUCGUUUCUCCCAUAUUGUUUCUCUGGAUUUUGACCAGACGGGCCUAUUGACCUCAGCCUCCAUUCAGACAAUGCUCCUGGAGAAGAUGAGGGUGACAAGAAGACCUGAGGGCGAGUCCACUUUUCACGUGUUUUACUACCUACUGGCCGGAGUCGACAGCUCCCUUAGAACGGAGCUUCACCUCAACCACUUUGCUGAAAAUAAUGCUUUUGGGAUCACGCCUCAGACAAAGCUGGAGGACAAGCAACGGGCAUCCCAGUACUUUUCCAAGCUGCAAGCAGCCAUGAGGGUUCUGGGGGUCAGUUCUGACGAACAAAGAGCUUUAUGGCUCGUCCUGGGGGCCAUCUACCAUCUGGGAGCUGCCGGGGCGACCAAAGCCGGUAGGAAACAAUUUGCACGUCACGAGUGGGCCCAGAAGGCAGCCUACCUGCUGGGCUGUACCCUGGAGGAGCUCUCCUCCUCCAUCUUCAAGCACCAGGCCAAGGGCACCCUGCCCAGAAGCGGCAGCCUCCGCCAAACUUCCGAGGAAAACGGCACAGCAGAAGCAGGAUCCAAGGCGUCGGCCAUGGAGUGUCUGGAGGCCGCGGCCGCCGGGCUCUACUCUGAACUCUUCACUAUCCUCAUCUGUUUAAUCAACCGGGCCUUGAAAUCUGGCCAGCUUCCCUUGUGCUCUCUACUCAUCGUGGACACGCCGGGAUUUCAAAACCCCAGGCUAGCGAAGCAGGAUCGCGGCGCGACCUUCGAUGACCUUUGCCACAACUACACCCAGGAACGUUUGCAGACGCUUUUCUACCAGCGCACCUUCGUUCAGGAGCUGGAGCGAUACAAGGAGGAGAACAUUGAGAUUUCCCUGGAUGAAUCGGAACCGAGCACAUCUUUUUCUGUUGCGGUGGUGGACCAAGCGUCAAGCCAAGCGCUAGUGCGCAGUUGCCGAACAGAUGAGGCCCGCGGGCUCCUGUGGCUGAUGGAGGAGGAGGUUCUGCAGCCCGGGGCGUCAGAAGAAUCUCUGCUGGCUCGUCUUUUUAGCUACUACGGCCCCGCCGAAGGCGAGAUCAAAGGUCAGACGUUCCUCCUGAAGAGCGAAAAGGAUAACCACUUCCUGCUGGGCCACAGUCACGGCACCGACUGGGUGGAGUACGACGCCCGCGGGUGGCUGAACUACGCCAAGCAAAAUCCGGCCUCAAUUAACGCCACCGGCCUCCUUCAGGAAUCCCAGAAGAAGAUCAUCAGCGCUUUGUUCAUGAGCCGAGCAGGUGGAGCCACCGUUCUGUCAGGUUCCAUCGCAGGUCUUGAGGGUGUUUCCCAGCUGUCUUUGCGGCGGGUGUCUAGCGUGAGGAAGACCUUUGCUUCGGGAGUGGCUGCUUAUAAGAAGAAGUCUGUGUGCAUACAAAUCAAGCUUCAAGUGGAUGCUCUGCUGGACAUGGUGCGGCGGUCCAGAAUUCACUUUGUUCACUGCAUAUUGCCUAAGGCGGAUGCUCUCAAGGCUCUCACUGGAUCCUUCUUCAAAGGCGUCGAAAGUGAGACUCAAGGGGAGGGUGGAGAUUCGGGUUUAAUGCAGCUGGACGUGGCCUUGCUCCGCGCUCAACUGCGUGGAUCCAAGCUCCUGCACGCUCUCCGGAUCUAUAGACAAGGUUACCCCGACCACAUGGUGUUCUCGGAGUUCCGCCGACGUUUUGACGUGCUGGCGCCUCACCUCACCAAGAAGCACGGGCGGAAUUACAUCGUGAAGGACGAGCAGAGAGCUGUGGAGGAGCUGCUGGAGUCUUUGGAUUUGGAGAAGAGCAGUUACCACAUGGGUGUGAGCCGGUUAUUCUUCAAAGCUGGAACCUUGGCUAAAUUGGAGGAACAAAGGGACGAGCAAACCAAACGUAAUUUAAUCCUCUUCCAAGCUGCUUGUCGAGGUUAUCUGGCACGACAAGCCUUUAAAAAGAGAAAGAUUCAGGAUCUAGCAAUUCGUUGCAUCCAGAAGAAUAUCCACAAAAACCGCGGCGUGAAGGACUGGCCAUGGUGGAACCUUUUCACGACAGUCCAACCACUCAUUAAGGUCCAACUCACCGAGGACCAGAUGCGGUGCAAAGAUGAGGAGAUCCAGAUGCAAAAAUCAAAGUUGGAGAAAGUGGAAAAAGAGCGCAACGAGCUGAGAUUGAACACAGAUCGACUGGAAAGCAGGAUUGCAGACUUGUUGGCAGAACUGGCUGAUGAGAGGAGCACGAGUGAGUCAGCAUCCCAGCUGCUGGAGAACGAGACGGCCGAGAGACUUCGCUUGGAAAAAGACAUGAAGGAUCUGCAGGCAAAGUUUGAUGCCGUGAAGAAACAAAUGGAAGCGCAGGAGAUGGAGGUGAUGGAAGCUCGGCUCAUGAAAACAUCAGAGCUCAACGGGGAGCUCGACGACGAUGAUGAUGAUGCCGGGGGCGAGUGGCGCAUAAAAUACAACAGAGCCAUUCGGGAAACGGAGUUCACCAAAAAGAAACUUCAGCAAGAGUUUGACGACAAGCUGGAAACGGAGCAGCAGACCAAACGACAUCUUGAGAGAAGGCUGGCCGAUUUGAAGACGGACAAUGAGGAUGCGCAGCACUCUGUGCAGCAGCUGAAAAAGAAGUGCCAUAAAAUGACGGCGGAGCUGCAGGAUACUCAACGUCAUCUGGAAGGGCUCCAGAGCCGCAACCACGAUUUGGAAAAGAAACAGAGGAAAUUUGAUCAUGAGCAGAACCAGGCCCAGGCUGAGGUACAGAGAGAGAGGAGUCUUAGGGAGAAGCUGGCUCGUGAAAAAGACACCAUGGUGGCUGAGAUAUUCAACAUUCGCCAGCAGCUCCAGGAAAAGGACGCCGACUUGUGCGCCGCCAACAUGAAGGCGCAGCAGCUGGAAGCCGAAUUGCAGGAUCUCUCUUCGCAGGAAUCCAAGGAUGAAGCGUCUCUGGCUAAGGUCAAGAAGCAGCUUCGUGACCUGGAGGCGAAGGUGAAAGACCAAGAGGAAGAACUGGAUGAGCAGGCCGGGACCAUCCAGAUGCUGGAGCAGGCGAAAUUACGGCUGGAGAUGGAGAUGGAAAGGCAGCGUCAAGGCCACACCAAAGAUAUUGAGAGCAAGGAUGAAGAGGUGGACGAGAUCAGGCGAUCCUGCAGUAAGAAGCUGAAACAGAUGGAGGUGCAGCUGGAGGAAGAAUACGACGAUAAGCAAAAAGUCUUGCGCGAGAGACGAGAGCUGGAGUCCAAACUGCUGAGCGCACAGGACCAGGUGAGCCGCAGGGACGUGGAGAGCGAGAAGAGGCUGAGAAAAGACCUGAAGAGAACCAAAGUCCUGCUAGCUGAUGCUCAGAUUAUGCUGGACCACCUGAAGAGUAACGCACCAAGCAAAAGGGAGAUUGCCCAGUUCAAAAACCAACUGGAGGAGUCAGAGUUUACUUGCGCGGCGGCAGUGAAAGCCCGAAAAAGCAUGGAGUUAGAGAUAGAGGACUUGCAUAUCCAAAUGGAGGAUGUGCUGAAAGCCAAAUUGUCGCUGGAGGAGCAGCUGAGCCGCCUUCAAAGAGAGAAGAACGACAUGCAGACCCGCACGGAGGAAGACCAGGAGGAUAUGAAUGAGCUGAUGAAAAAACACAAGGCCGCCGUCGCCCAGUCUGCCAGAGAUUUAGGCCAGAUCAGUGACCUACAGGCGCAGCUGGAGGAGGCCACGAAGGAGAAGCAGGAGAUUCAAGAAAAGCUUCAUUCGCUGCAGAGUCAGCUGGAGUUUCAGGAACAAUCCAUGGUUGAAAAGUCUCUGGUGAGCCGUCAAGAGGCGAAGAUUCGUGAGCUGGAAACCAAACUGGAGUACGAGAGGACGCAGAUCAAACGUUUGGAGAGUUUGGUGGGUCGUCUGAAGGAAAACCUUGAGAAGAUGUCUGAGGAGAAAAACCAGCAUAUUGCUGCAGAGGAUAGAGAGAAGGAGCAGAAUAAACGAAUGCAAAGACAGAUAAGGGACAUGAAAGAAGAAAUGGCCGACGUGUCCAAGAAGGAGGCCGAGGCCAGCCGGAAGAAGCACGAGCUGGAAAUGGACAUUGAGAGCUUAGAGGCGGCCAAUCAGAGUUUACAAGUGGAUCUGAAGCUGGCCUUCAAGAGGAUAGCUGACCUGCAGGCUGCCAUUGAGGAUGAAAUGGAGAGUGAUGACAAUGAUGACCUAAUCAACAGUUUGCAAGACAUGGUGACAAAGUAUCAGAAAAGAAAGAACAAAACCGGGCAAGAGACGGACACCGAUUCGGAGGUGGAGGAUCGCGUGUACGGGGUUAAGUCUUGGCUCUCCAAGAACAAAGCCUCCUCCAAGCCACAGUCGGACGAAGGAAGUCUGAAGAGUGCCAGAUAUGCAGCAAACGCGGACGCCAAAGACGUGAAAGAAGGUAAGGAGAAGACAAGUGAUGGAAGUCAAGAUGGCAAAGACGUAGAACAGAACAGAUCGGUAUCUGUCAUGAGUUCACUGAGCUACCGGAAGCGUUCCAACCUUAAGGACUCAAUCGGAGGCACGGGCGAUGAAAGCUCCCUCUUCAGUACUCUAAAAGAACAGCCCGAUACCCCUGACCACACCUCAAUCCGCAAAGCCAAAUCAAGAUCUGGUGAUCUCCAGGAGGAUUGGAAGAAGAGCCAAACCCAGGAAGACUUUGAUGACUCAGUCUCUUCCACGGGGAGGGCGAGGAAGUCGCGCUGGACUUCUCGAAGCAGCCCCGAAUUCGAUAAGGAUUCCACUAUCUCCUCUCUGGCCCCUAGCAGGACCUCCACCAGGAGGGCCAUGCCGGACGACGACGAUGUCAAGUCUACCGUCAGUAGCGUGAGUCGUUCCAGCCCGCGAUCGCUCCGCCGUAGCAGCUCCUGGAAAGAAGACGGUCGCAGCAAUUCUCGCCUAUCCCUCGCUCGUAGUUGCGGCCUUAGCGAGUUUGGCGUGCGCUUAGACGACGACGACGAUGGCCAGAGUCUCGCUUUCACCGGAGGAACUUCCCCUUACAGUCCGCGCUCCUACGCACGUAGCCUCUCCACCCCGGCCCGAGCUCGUUCCUCCGAGGGCGACGCGCCGGAUACGUCCGAUAUCAAGCCGGUCACCCAUCGAAAUUAUUUGGAUCCCGAGUUAGAGGCCGCCAUCGACGAGGUGCUCAGCUUCAAACCGAUCAAGUUCAAGCGUAGCAAGCUGGACGAGUCCAGCGACGAAGACGCGGACGAGAAGAAGGAAGGACGGAAGACGGGUGAUGACGAAGGGCUCGGGUGCAGUAAAUCCAGUUUGUUUCGCUCUGCGUCAGGUUCUGCUCUGAAUUACGGCGGUCGGUCGUCUAGCUGUCGCGGACGCAAAGACAAAAAAAGCAAAAGCACCGAGUCGGAAGACUCUUCUUCAGACGAUCGUCACGGCAGGAGCGGCUCCAGGCGAAAGAAGGGCAAAAAGUCCAAGAAGAGAUCCAAGAAAAAGGAAAGCGAAUCCGAAGAUUCCUCGUCGUCAUCGGAAUCGUCCUCGUCGGACUCCACCGUCUCUUACCGCAGCUCCAACAGUGUUAAAAAGAGCCCCAAGGUGCCGUCCGAUGAUGAGCGAGAAAGCGUGAGCGGGGGUGGAACACCUAGGAAGAAAGAUAGCAAACGGAAACAGAAGAAGAUGGAUAACUUGAUGAUGAAGUACCUCUACAGGCCAGACAGUGACUGAUGGCAAGGAUUGAAGCCCUCCUUCGUCCAGGCGACACGUGACCCUCGGCAGAUCCGACGAAGAAGACGAGGUGGACUUAAGCAGUGACAGGCAGCUGCCGAGCGACGGCGAGAGCGCGUCGUAACACAAACUCAUCAAGGGUCAUCUUGGCUCUCUGGAGUGAAACCGGGAGGGACACGAAAAAGUGUUUGGAUCGUUUCGUUCUGUCAUAUUUGUUUUCUCAUGAAAGCCAUUUGCUUCCUAGGCUGACGUCUACUUAGCUUGUAUACCUUAUGAUGCUGAAGUGAAGCGGAGAUAUUAAGGGAAGAAAAAAAAAGCUUCUUGCCACUUCUAUAUUUUGAAAGGGCUGCUCUUAAGGCAAAUUUAAGCAUUCCUCUGCACUUCCUGUCUAUUCAGCCCUGCCAAGAGGAUUUAGAUAAGCCUGCUCUGGAUGGAAAGUCUGACCAACUCUUAAGACUCCUCUUAUCUUUUCUCACAUUAACGGAGGCCAGCUCCCUCCAUGGAUAUAAUUGCGGCCCUCUUUAAAUGAAUGGUUAUCAAUUAUUAUUGUCAGCUCAUGUCCCAGUAAUUGAAAAUCACUUGAAUAAUUGCUGGCAAAUGACCAGCGACGCACUCAACACUAUAAAGUUCCGUAGUCUAAAGUCAUUUGCAAUCUGUCAUUUUAUAUGAAUUGAAUUGGGAAAUACAACUUGAAAUAAAUCAUGAAACCUGCAAAAUUUUGUCAGAUUGUAUGGUGCUAAAAUCACGGACAAAAGUAUUGUAAUCUGAACGAAACAAGUGUGAAAAAAAAAUUAAACUAUGUUUUUUUUCUUGAAUCUAUCAAAGUGAAAAACUUUUUUUUUCCAGUUACAAAGUUGAUAUUUUCAGGUUCGAAUAUUUUUAGUUUUGGUUGUCUAAUUUUCAGCUUCAGAUUUGUUUUUCACUUUCAGGUCUUAUUUUUUUUCAGCAGGUCCGAUAAUGAAAAGUCGUAUUUGCCGUGUGGCAAAAUGGAUUUUGCCAUGUGGCAUUUUUUUUCUCUUCUUUUUAUGCCAUGUGGCAUUUUUUUUUUUUGCCAUGUGGAAAAAUCGAUUUUGCCGUGUGGCAAAAUGGAUGUGUUGUAAUGUAAACUGUAUGGUGAAGAAUCACAAUCACGUGUUUUUUUUUCUGUCAUUUGAUAUGAAUGGAAAAUGUGGACGUUCAUAGCCAACAAUGGCAUAGCCUUACUUGGGUGCCAGUUGAAUGUCAAUGCGCUCACAUGAUCAGUGUAUAGUCAAAAAUCACAGCCACACGUUUUUCUGCCAUUUAAAAUGAAAAUUUGGACGUGCAUAGCCGUCAAUGGCAUGGAUGCGCAUGGCCUACAAAAAUGCCAUGUACCCCCCCCAACAAUGAUACAUACCCAAAAAAAUAUGCCACAUGUCAAAA